AGAAGAAGAAGAGGCUGUCGAGUGGCAAGAUGAUCGGCGAUCUGUUAAUUUUCGGCACGUUGCUAAUGAACGCAGGGGCGGUUUUAAACUUUAAACUGAAAAGGAAACAGACCCAAACGCACGGAUUCGGGGAUGAUCCGGGCCGAUCAACUACAGGUGAAAACAUCCGGGAGUUUUUACUCAGUCUGCGCUACUUCCGCAUUUUUAUAGCGCUGUGGAACAUCUUCAUGAUGUUCUGUAUGAUCCUGUUAUUCGGAUCAUAACCCACUACAUUCCCAGUCUGGACAUUAACAUGAAGGACAAUCCUCAACACUUUUUCUUUUUCGGUAGUGGGACGCUCAACUCUGGCUUAGCUUUCUCAAGAGUCGUCAGAGCAGGAAAUCUGUCAGUCAUUUCCUCCAUUUUAUCAACAAAGCCGGUGUCUUAUGGGUCAGCUAAAGCUUAUUUGGAAAGUCUUAAGGACUAAUGAUGACCCUGUUGUCUUUAUUAAUGUCAAACUGACAUAUUGCCUAAAUUUGCAUGUCAGUUGAUAUGCUUGUGAUCGUCAGCAGAUACGAAGUGGGGGUUUUUUUGUGAAUAUCAGCUGCACGUGCAUUGGCUGAUAAGAGCAGUGCCCUGAAAUAAAUCAUCUGUUUUUCUCAA